CCACCUCUCCCUCACGUUCACAUUUUCUUCUCUUUCCAUAGACAUAUCAGUGACCAGAAAAUCGGAAAUUAUGACUCAAGCAGAUAUCUCUGCAUUCGACCGAGCCAACGAGGCCGUGGCUUUCCUGAGGAGUAGCCUGCCAGAGGAGCUGCAAUCGCCAAAAGUUGCCAUUGUAUGUGGCUCCGGGCUGGGAGGACUGGCCGAUACGGUCCAUGCUGAAGGUCGAGCGGAAUAUGAUUAUGCGUCUAUUCCCCAUUUCCCUCGUCCGACAGUUGCGGGACAUGCUGGGAAGUUGGUAUUCGGUCUAUUGGGCCGGAAGAUUCCCGCUGUCUUGAUGGUUGGCCGUGCCCACUACUACGAGGGCCAUUCUAUGGACCAGGUCACCUUCCCCAUCCGAGUCUUCAAGCAGCUCGGAGUUGAUACCGUCGUGUUGACGAAUGCGGCCGGUGGCCUGAAUUCUGACUAUUGCGUGGGCGAUAUUGUCAUGCUGAAUGAUCACAUCUUCCUCGCCGGUUUAGCGGGAGUUCAUCCCCUCCGAGGACCCAACGAGGACGAAUUUGGAGUCCGUUUCCCACCCCUGUCCGACGCAUAUGACCUGGACCUUCGUCGUCAGGUACACCAAGCGUGGAAGCAAGUCAUCCCUGCCCAAAGCACGAGGAAGCUGCACGAAGGAGUGUAUGCCUUCGUUGGAGGUCCCACCUAUGAGACGAGAGCGGAGAGCCGCAUGCUGCGGAUGCUCGGUGCCGAUGUAGUGGGCAUGUCGACCGUGCCAGAGAUCGUGGUGGCGAGGCACUGUGGGCUUCGCGUGUUGGCCUUUAGCCUGGUUACCAACAAUGCAGUGCUGGCACCCGUCCCUCGUGGCGAUGAGCAAUUGCUCCAGGGAAAGGACGCUGGUGAGCUCAACGCCAUCAUCGAAGAGGGGAAGGCUGGACACGAGGAAGUCCUGGAGGCUGGCCGCAACGCGGCAUUGGACAUGCAGAAAUUGGUAUUGCAAAGUCUUGUGAGCGUCUUCGGGCAGGCAUAGAUGGGAUUGUCCUCCAGAGCCAACAUGGAUGCCGCCAGUGGUCGUUCUAAUCUCAUUUCAUCUUCCGAUUCCUCUUGGCUUGCACGCUCUUGUAGAAAGCCUUCUUUCCACUGGUCUUGGAGGCUUGGAUGUCGCGGUAUUUGGACUCGAAACGUUUGUUCUCCCGCUCCAGCGCCAAAACCUCCUCGACAAAGUUCUUCUUGCGGUCCUUCUUGGCGAUACGACCACUGAAGAACUCGGUGGGACCCUGGAUGAUGGUGCCGACCUGCGAAAACUCGGGGAUCUUGGCCUUGCCAUUCUCUUUCUUGUAAUGCCUCUUAGAGUCAAGCACCGAACGCAUCCGAAUGAGCUGUAGAUCUCUCUUGAGCUCUGGGGUCAAUUCGGUCUUGGGGAGGUUGAACCAAUCGGGUCCGGCGGUAGCCUUGUCCUGUAGAGUCGACCAGUCAGCGAAUCAAGUUCGAAACAUCGUCGUUUCUAAAAAUCAAAGUGAUGAUUGUGUAGAUGCUCAGAGUAACUAUGAAAAUGAAGGCUCUCACUAGUGCAGCACAGCCCAAGACGGACUGAGGACGCCGCAUCAAGCGCUUAGGCGUUGGGAUAAUUUUCCUCAUAGCAAAGACGGAAGAAAGAACAAUAAUAGAGAUGGUGAUAGACUAACCUUCUUGGCAGCAGUUUUCGUUGCAACAGACCGAAGAGAGUUGGACAGCUUCUUUUGCUUGGGAUCGAUGAGCUGAGCCGAGUCAACGGUAGCAAUUUCCUCAGCACCCGGACGCAUGUAGGGCGUCAAAGUAGAGCUUGUAGACAAUUUGGGAAUUCUAGAGAGGUAUAAGCCAGUUGCUCCAGGCAAAGAUAGCUAGCGGUAACAGCAUACCGAAUGGAAGCGGCAUCGUCGACCGGGGUGAUCUGGCUGUCCGAACCACGCAGUCGGUUCUCUGCUUCAAGCAACAGUUGUUGAAUCUGGUCAUCAGUGAGCUCCACCUCCUCUUGAAGUGGGCCACUGGACCCCAUAGUAGUUGAAUCACCCAUCCCUGCAAGUCAGGGUGGAAGGUCUCAGAGAAUGAAGAAUACCUGGACGUGAG